AUGGUUGGAAUUCGACCAACUAAUCGUGAAAUAUCGCUAACUUUUCUUGAAAAUCGGUGAGUUUUGAAACUUAGAAUCUCCUAAACCGUUCAUUAGUCUUUUUAGAAAAUGUUUGGUAAUUUUCGUAAUGUAUUUUGAUGUUUGCGAGGAAUCAAAUAAAAAAGAAGAAAAAGGAGAAGAGAUCAUCGAAAAUUCUGGAAUGGUUUUGGCUGAUAAAAACGCGCGGGCAAUUCGAAACACAAAAGAUUAUUGGUUUUUCGAGUAUGCGGAAGAUGAAGUUCUCGACAAAUCCAAUGGCAAAUCAAAUUUGAAUCUGAAAAUUCUACCAACUUCAGACAUCAAUGUUCCAACGAUUCUUCAUAUCUCGAAGAAUUCGAUUAGAGUUUUAAAUUCUAAUUUGGAAAAAAUGAAACGCGAUGAAUAUGAAUAUAAAGGAGAUUUUGUGUUGACAGAUGUGGAAAUAUCCCUCGAAAGGAAAAACAUUUUGAAUUUCUAAUUUUAGUCGUAUAUUUUUUCAAAAUUUUAAUUCUUUAGUGUCACUUUUAAUCUUGAAAAUUUUAAUAAAUGUAUACUCAUAAAAUGUUAUGGCAUGAGGUUAUUCCGUCUUAUGGCGGCUAUCCCUCAGGAUUUCCGUCGCUAACCUAGAUUCUAUCUGACAAAUUUAUCGCUGCUACCCGUCUUUUUUUUUGUUUGCUAGAAGCGGCGGCUUGCAUGCGCGAUAUUCGGCCAAAUCUCUAGAUUUCCAGGUUGAAAAUCGAAAAAUCAUCAAUUUUCAGCUAGAGAUCCCGUGUUUUCAUGGAUUUUCCGCUAAUUUUAGGACAAGAUUCUCAAUUUUAGCCCAAUUUCACCCCCAAAGUCCUCCUACCUUCGCAGGAACCGGCGUCGAUUCCACUCUGUCCGCCAACUCGUUUCACAUCAUUGUCCAAAACCAGGAUGAUUGCCAAAAUCAUGGAAUGUCGAGUUGUAAUUUCUGCUAUAUUUUAACUUGAUUGCAUUGGUGAUUUGGAAUUCCACGAUAUAAAAACGAACUUACUCGAUUCAAAAUCAGUUUUUCGGCUUAUUCACAAUCCGAUCGUUCUCUCCGCUUGAAGAUGCUUUAAAAAAGUUUUAUUCAGCGAAAAUGGGAUUUAUAUUAAAAAAACGACACUCGGCUUGCCUGAUGUUUAAUUUUCACACACUGUCUGAGCGGAGUGUCGUUGUUUUAUUUUUACAAGAUUGCGCGUAGGAUUUGGUGUUUGCGGGCAGUCGGUGUUGACACACAUUUUUUUUAUUUUACAGAUGUUCGAAAAUUGCACGAUUUUGGCUCGAAAUUGCACUGAAAAUCGAUUCUGGGUGUGAUUUUAUGAAAAAGAGACAAAGAAGUACAUUUGAAGCGGCUUGGACAACUUCAUUAUCAGUGCUGGCCUUUUUUGAAAAGUUAUAGUUCGAGUUUCGAAAAAUUUCGACAAAAAUCGACAGCUCGAAGGAAAAAUCGAUUAUAUGGUAUUUAGAGGGACUGCUGGAUAAUAUCAUCAAUGUGAGUACAUUAAAAAUUACAUAUGCGAGAGCUAGAAAAAAACGCGAAAAAUAAAUGACUUCAAAAUGUGUGCAAACACCAUGACACAACCGUGCACAGAAAAUCUACUAGUGUCAAAAAACUAUUUUUUCCUAUUUUUGACAUUUUUUUCCACACAUUAACAUUUUGUUUUUCUACCUGAAUCACCCCAUAAAUGGUACAUGAAAAAUUCAAAUGUUCUGAUUUUCAGCUCGAAAUAUUUAUGGACAAUUGGAUUUCAAUAUCAAUAACUUGGAAAACUUGGAGGAUUGGAGAAAACUCAAGGUUUUCAUUGGAAUUUUCGAAUUUUGGAUUAUUUUUGUAUGAUUUGAAAAAUAGAAGCGAUCGGUGAGUUUUUUUGGGAGGGAAUUCGGAAAAAUUGAAAAAAUCGAUAAAAAAUUGAAAAAAAGUUCGACUAACUCUUCAAAAUUUGCGAAAAAACCGAAUAACUUUAUAACGGGAAAAAAGAAAACAGGUAAUACGGUAGGUGAAAGUUGUGUGCUUGUGCGUCGUCGUCUAUGUUGUUUCUCUGCGUCUCCUCGAUGAGUGCGCUAUCUGUUUUUUUACAUUUUUUUCGUUUGUUUUUUAACUAUUUUCGUUUGUUUUUUCGGGGUUUUGCAUGUUGAAACAGUUUCCAACGCAUUUUUUAAUGUGUAGAACACAGUUUUAGAUUUGGUUUCUGGGAAUUUGGGGACUUUUAAGAGAGAAGUAGAGAACAAAUGGGUGGGGCUAGUAAAAAACGCAAAAAAUAAAUUCUCUCCUAAAACCGCAAUCACCUCCACACUAACACCAUCAAUCAAAAUGUACAAACAACGUUCCAUUUCUGAAUCUUUUGGUCAUAAGACCUUCCCCUUCUUGACAUGUUCUAUAUAAAGAUCAUUUUACUUCCUUAUUUUAUCACAUUUGAAAAUGUCAAUUGUUCCUUUGAGUCGUGAAAUUGAGUUUGAUUUUUAUGAAAGGUAAGUCAAUAUUUUUGAACAAGAUACGAUAUGUAGUAUAUAUUUUUCAGACCUUCCGGUUACAUCAAACAUGUCAUUUUUUUCAAAGUAAUUGAAGAAACAUCGGAGAUAAAAUUCACUUUACCCAAAACUCUUUUUGGAACAGUUAUGGUAGAUUUAGAAAAGACGAGUUACGAUGAAAAUAUGGGUUGCAAUUGUGAGUUUCUAAAGACAUUUAGAAUAGAGUUACACUACAAUUUCAGUACCAAAAAAUGUCGAUGUCACGGAUAUAUCCCAAGCAGAGGACUCUGAUGAAGUUACAAUAACAGUUCCAACUCCAAUAACUCCGGAAGAUGUUGAAAGUUUUCAAUAUUAUAUUAAAAUCUCAUAUCACACUGAUGAUGCUGAUACAUUAGAAGAGAAUGAAGAUGGAACAUUCAGAAUUCGAUUUGAAAAUUCAGAAGCAUUUUCAUUUUUUGGAGAUGAACUUCUAACUACAUUUUCAAUCAGUAAUUGGUUUAUUGAUGUGAUUGAAUGUAAUUUGAAUCGAACUCUUCCAAAUGAUUAUAAAUACUCGAGUGAAAAUCCGAUUGCUCUUGAAGAUGUUACAGUAAUCUAUCGAAAAAAUGCAGAACCAAAUUAGUAGGUUCAAAUGAAAAAUAUCAAGAAAUUAUAUAGUGUUUAGUGAGAAAAAGUUUCCAUUGGAACAAGGAAUUGAAGUGCAAAGUUAUAGUAUUCGAGUGACUCCAGGAAAACAACAGUAGGUUUUUUUAAUUGAAUAAUGUUUGAAAUUCGCCUUUUCAGAAUGUUGAGUUUUGCUAGUGUUCACGAAGUUAAACUUACACUAACUGAAGAUACAAAUGUAAUCAAUUUCUAUUUUCCUUAUGCUGGAGAUCUUAAAGAAGCUGGAAUAGUCGCUGAAGAUGGAAACUACACAACUCAAAAAAUUCACAAGCUCUACUGA